CGCCGGGUGCCGGCGUCAGUGGCAACAUGGCGGUGGCUGCGGCGGCUGUGGCGGCCAUCGGGGCGCGUCCAGCGCAGCCCGGGGAUCCCCUCGCCCCGGCCCCAUGAGCCCGGCGCGACGGGGGGCGCGGGACGGACGGAAAUAAGAUGCUGUGAUGAUGGAUCAUGAUGUCCCAACAAUCAAACCUCGAAGAAUCCAGAACCAAAAUGUUAUCCACCGCUUAGAGCGUCGGCGCAUCAGCUCAGGCAAGGCUGGUACCCACUGGCACCAGGUUCGAGUAUUCCACCAGAAUGUCUUCCCCAACUUUACUGUGGUUAAUGUGGAAAAACCACCUUGCUUCCUGCGAAAAUUUUCACCUGAUGGGCGCUACUUUAUUGCCUUUUCUUCAGAUCAGACAUCACUGGAGAUUUAUGAGUACCAGGGCUGCCAGGCAGCAGAAGACCUACUGCAGGGUUAUGAGGGUGAAAUUUUGGCCAAUGGCAAUGACCAACGGUCAGUCAACAUUCGAGGCCGACUCUUUGAACGCUUCUUUGUCUUGCUGCAUAUUACCAAUGUUGCUGCAAAUGGUGAACACCUAAAUCGUGAAUGUAGCCUCUUCACAGAUGACUGCCGUUGUGUCAUUGUGGGUUCUGCUGCCUACCUCCCUGAAGAGCCUCACCCUCCUUUUUAUGAAGUAUAUCGCAACAGUGAGUCAGUGACACCAAAUCCCCGCUCCCCUUUGGAGGACUAUUCCCUUCAUAUCAUUGAUCUUCACACUGGCAGGUUAUGUGACACCCGAACAUUUAAAUGUGAUAAAGUGAUCUUGUCCCACAAUCAAGGGCUAUACUUAUAUAAGAACAUACUAGCUAUUCUUUCAGUACAGCAGCAGACCAUUCAUGUCUUCCAGGUCACUCCUGAGGGCACCUUUAUUGAUGUGCGUACCAUUGGUCGAUUCUGCUAUGAGGAUGACCUGCUCACUCUGUCAGCUGUCUACCCUGAGGUACAGCGAGACAGCCAAACAGGCAUGGCUAACCCUUACAAGGAGCCUUUCAUUAAUUCCCUAAAGCACCGACUGUUGGUAUAUUUGUGGCGCCGAGCAGAGCAGGAUGGUAGUGCCAUGGCCAAGAGGCGCUUCUUCCAAUAUUUUGACCAGCUACGACAGUUGCGCAUGUGGAAGAUGCAGCUUCUAGAUGAAAAUCACCUGUUUAUCAAGUACACUAGUGAGGAUGUAGUGACACUACGGGUCACAGACCCAUCACAGCCUUCCUUCUUUGUUGUGUACAAUAUGGUGACGACAGAGGUGAUAGCAGUGUUUGAGAACACCUCAGAUGAGUUGCUGGAACUCUUUGAGAAUUUCUGUGACCUCUUCCGCAAUGCCACUCUGCACAGUGAGGCUGUCCAGUUUCCCUGUUCAGCUUCUAGCAACAAUUUUGCAAGGCAGAUUCAACGCCGGUUUAAAGACACUAUUGUAAAUGCAAAAUAUGGAGGCCACACAGAGGCAGUACGGCGGCUGCUUGGUCAGCUCCCCAUCAGUGCCCAGUCAUACAGUGGCAGUCCCUACCUCGAUCUGUCUCUCUUCAGCUAUGACGAUAAGUGGGUGUCUGUCAUGGAGCGGCCCAAGACUUGUGGAGAUCACCCAAUCAGGUUCUAUGCCCGGGAUUCUGGUCUGCUCAAGUUUGAGAUCCAGGCAGGCCUUCUGGGCCGCCCCAUCAACCACACAGUUAGACGCCUGGUCGCCUUUACCUUCCACCCUUUUGAGCCCUUUGCCAUCUCAGUGCAAAGAACUAAUGCUGAGUAUGUUGUCAACUUCCACAUGCGACACAGUUGCACAUAGGAUGUUGCCUAAAGGCUGGGGACCCACCAAAGCCAAGUUGUCUUGCCUUCUAAGACUUACACCCCCUUCCCAUCUCUGCAGAUCAGAAAGCAGAGUAUUUUAGGUGCCAGCAUCAUUCCUUUGGAACCAAGGUCUGUAUUGGUAAACCUUGGUUGGACUAUAUAGUCACUCAAACAUGAGCCAGAAGAGAGGAGUUGGACCCCGGAUAACUUACUUUUUUUUUUUUUAAAAACAAAACAAAACAAAACAUGAUCUUAACUGUCCUAUAAUUUUAAUGUCUCUUACUUUUUCAAUAAGGGAUUGCCCAAAAUGAAGUCCUUUAAUUAUUUUUAGUGGAGGGAGGUCUGUGUGUACAUAUCUUUUCAAGGAGUAGAUGAGAGUUUUCCACUAUUUUUCCCUCUUUCUUCUUUUCUUGACAGUGGUAUGCAGCCUGAAGCAGAGCAAUUAGUUGCCAUUGUGGCCAGACCUGAUAACUGAUUAAGUCCUUGCUCCUUCCUUUUCAUUUAGCCAAAAACCAAGGCUGUCUUUUUAAAUAAAAAUAAAAGACAUAUUUUCUUACUUAUAUAUA